GAAUGGAGUUUGUGGUUGUGGUGAUUCCUCUGAACAAAUUUUAUGUAUCGUCUAUCUACAUGUGGCCAAAUCUCUCGAAUUGGAAAAGUACUUAAGAGUGCGAUAAAGGAUUUCAAAAUGGCACCAGUUUUCACACCAUCGAGCUGCACUUUCGAUUUUUCAGCAAAUUCCAUUUUCACAAGACUAGAUGCAAUAUUAAAUCAAAGAAUCAUGGUGUUUGAUGGAGGAAUGGGCACAAUGUUGCAAAAGUACAGACUAACAGAAGAGGAUUUUAGAGGGGAAGAAUUCAAAGAUCAUCCCAAAAAGUUACAAGGCAACAACGACUUUUUAUGUGUUACUAGACCUGAUAUAGUUUAUGAAGUCCACAAGGCAUAUCUAGAAGCUGGAGCAGACUUUGUAGAAACAAAUACAUUCAGUGGCACUUCAAUUGCACAAGCAGAUUAUGGAUUGGAAGCCCAGGUAUACCGCAUCAACAGAACUGCAGCUGAACUUGCCCGGAAGGCAGCAGAUGACGUUUCAAGAGCAGGUGGAAAGGAAAAGUUUGUUGCAGGUGCAAUGGGUCCAACCAACAGAACAUUAUCAAUUUCACCCUCAGUUGAAAAACCAGCAUACAGAAAUAUAACUUUUGACCAACUCGUCGAGGCAUAUACAGAACAGGCAAAAGGUUUGCUGGAUGGUGGAGCAGAUGUGUUACUGGUUGAAACUAUUUUCGACACAGCAAAUGCUAAGGCCGCCUUGUUUGCAAUUGAGACGUUGUUUGAUUCAGAAUAUGCAAGAGUUCCCGUUUUUGUUUCAGGAACCAUCGUGGAUAAGAGUGGGAGAACUUUAUCAGGACAAACGACCGAAGCUUUUCUUAUCAGUGUUUCUCACGUAAAUCCAAUGUGUCUUGGAUUGAAUUGUGCUCUUGGUGCCACUGAAAUGAGACCGUUCAUCGAAAACGUAGGCCUUAAUUUCGGUGGAUAUGUUCUUUGUUAUCCGAAUGCUGGGCUACCUAACACAUUUGGAGAAUAUGAUGAGACACCAGAAAUAAUGGCUAGCAGAUUAGAGGAAUUCGCAAGAGAUGGCUUGUUGAAUGUUGUUGGUGGUUGUUGUGGUACGACUCCCGAACAUAUCAAAGCUAUAUCCGACGCAGUUUCUAAACACAAGCCUAGAGCACUUCCCGGCAAAGUCCACAAAGAUGAUAUGACCCUGUCAGGUUUGGAACCCAGGUAUAUCAAUGCCGAUAGUCUCUUUUUGAAUAUCGGAGAAAGAUGUAAUGUGGCUGGAUCGAGGAAAUUCUGUAAUCUUAUCAAAGCUGGCAAUUUCGAGGACGCUCUAGCAAUCGCCAAGAGCCAAGUCGAGUCUGGUGCACAAGUGCUGGACAUCAACAUGGAUGAGGGUAUGCUGGAUGGACAAGCGUCAAUGACGAAGUUUGUUAAUUUGAUUUCAUCCGAGCCUGAUAUCGCUAAGGUUCCUCUCUGCAUCGACUCCUCAAAUUUUGAUGUAAUCGAAGCAGGAUUAAAGUGUUGCCAGGGGAAAUGCAUUGUUAACAGUAUCAGCUUGAAAAAUGGCGAAGCGGAUUUUAUCGAGAAAGCGAAGACAAUAAAAAAGUAUGGCGGAGCUGUUGUUGUCAUGGCGUUUGACGAAGACGGACAAGCGGCAGAUCUGAACAGAAAGAUCGAGAUUUGCCAAAGGUCGUACCGUAUUCUCGUUGAAAAAGUUCACUUUGACAGAAAUGACGUCAUAUUUGAUCCCAAUAUCUUGACGAUUGCGACCGGUAUGGAGGAGCAUAACGAUUACGCCAUAAACUUCAUUGAAGCGACUAAAGCGAUAAAGGCAACAUGUCCCGGUGCCAGAGUUAGUGGUGGCUUAUCUAACUUGUCGUUCUCAUUUCGAGGCUUGGAUGUCAUCAGAGAGGCAAUACAUAGUGUCUUUUUGUAUCAUGCGAUCAAGGCGGGACUAGAUAUGGCUAUUGUCAAUGCUGGUGCUCUACCCCUAUAUGAUGACAUUCCCAAGAAUCAAUUGGAGCUGUGUGAAGACCUUAUUUGGAAUAAAAGGAGCGAUGCCACUGAACGAAUGCUGCAAUUCGCUCAAACGGCAAAGAAAGGUGCUAAGAAGCAAACACAGAGUGAUGAAUGGCGGAAGCUAAACUUGGAAGAGAGGUUGGAGUAUUCCCUUGUUAAGGGCAUCGAUUCGUAUGUAGUUGGUGACGUAGCAGAAGCGCUAGAUCUCAAGGAAAACUACCCGAAGCCGCUCAAUAUAAUUGAAGGCCCGUUAAUGAAGGGUAUGGGCAUUGUCGGUGACCUAUUUGGUGCUGGGAAAAUGUUCCUUCCUCAAGUUAUCAAAUCAGCACGAGUUAUGAAAAAGGCAGUUGGCUAUUUGAUACCGUUCAUGGAAAUAGAGAGAGAGGAAAAUAACAAAAAGCUUUUGGAGCAGGGGUUGCAGAUUGACGAAAACACGAUGUAUAGCGGGACGGUUGUGCUUGCGACAGUCAAAGGUGAUGUUCACGACAUUGGGAAGAACAUAGUGGGAGUUGUGCUUGGUUGCAAUAAUUACAGAGUCAUCGAUCUUGGUGUCAUGACUCCAUGUGAGAAGAUUCUGAAGACUGCCAUUGAGGAGAAAGCAGAUAUAGUUGGUUUGUCUGGCCUGAUCACGCCUUCGCUUGAUGAAAUGAUCCAUGUUGCCAAAGAAAUGGAGCGGGCUGGGUUUCGCAUUCCCCUUUUGAUUGGCGGUGCUACUACGUCUAGGACGCACACUGCAGUGAAAAUAGCACCAAAGUACAGCCAACCAACAAUUCAUGUAUUGGAUGCAUCAAAAAGUGUUGUUGUUGCAAGUGCGUUGUUGGAUGAAGGUCGUAAAGAAGAAUUCAUCGAGGAAACAGCAGAAGAAUAUGAGGAAAUUAGAGAAGACCACUAUGAUUCUCUGAAGGAUAGGAAGUAUGUAUCAAUACAAAAAGCAAGAGACAGGCGGUUCAAAAUCGACUGGAAUGGAUUUGAAUCAGUUCGCCCCAGUUUUCUUGGAACUAAGGUAUUCAAAAAUUAUGAAUUACGAAGAAUUAUCGAAUACAUUGAUUGGAAACCGUUUUUUGAUGUUUGGCAACUUCGUGGAAAGUAUCCUAACAGAGGUUAUCCAAAAGUUUUUAACGAUAAAGACGUUGGGGAAGAAGCCAAACGAGUGUUUAAUGAUGCUCAAAAUAUGCUAAAUAAAGUUAUGAAAGAGAAGCUAUUUCGUGCUGUUGGUCAAGUCGGAUUUUAUCCUGCUAACAGCAAAGGAGAUGAUGUUUUGGUUUAUAGUCCGACGGAAAGCAGCAACAGUCCUAUAAAGGUUUUUCACGGGAUCAGGCAGCAAGCAGAAAAAGAUUCAAGUUCAGAUGAAGUGUAUACGUGUUUGUCCGAUUUCAUUGCCCCAGUUCAAAGUGGAAAGAAAGAUUAUAUUGGAUUAUUUGCUGUUUCUUGUUUUGGUGCUGAGGAGUUAUCAAAUCGGUACCUAACUGAACUAGAUGACUACAGUAGCAUUAUGGUCAAAGCUUUAGCAGAUCGACUUGCCGAGGCUUUUGCGGAGGAGAUGCACGAGCGAGUACGAAAGGAACUAUGGGGCUAUUGCUCUGAAGAAAGGCUUGAUUCUAAAGACCUCCACAGAAUCAAAUACCAGGGCAUCAGACCAGCUCCAGGCUAUCCAAGUCAACCCGAUCAUCUUGAAAAGUCAACAAUGUGGAGCUUAAUGGAAAUUGAGCACAACACAGGCAUUGAGUUGACUGAGAGCCUCGCAAUGAAACCUGCAGCUUCAGUUUCAGGACUCUACUUUGCACACCCAAAAUCCCACUAUUUUUCAACAGGAAAGAUCUGCAAAGACCAGGUUGUAGAUUAUGCAAAACGGAAAAAUCUUCCAUUGGCAGAAAUCGAGAAAUGGUUGGCACCUGUUCUGGCGUACGAACACGACCAAGUUUGAUUUUAAUUUCAUUGUAAUUCAGAAAAUUUUCUUUAGAAAUUUUUCUUAAAAAGAAAAGAUUUUGUAAUUUCAUCCCAUUGAUACACAAGUAUUUUAGCGAGGUAAGAUUAUUUAAGAAUUUGUAAGAAUUUAAAUUUUUACAAAUUAUUAUUCUAGUAAAUGUUGUGUCAUUAUAAACUAUAGAAAAAUUCGAGGU